AUGUCUGCAUUGUGGCUGCUUCUGGGCCUCCUCACCCUUUCUGACUUCUCUGAAAGCAGCAACUGGGGAUGCUAUGGAAACAUCCGCACCCUUGAAACCCCUGGGGCAUCCUGUGGGAUUGGAAGACGAAGAGGCCUUAACUACUGUGGAGUCCGUGCUUCUGAAAGGUUGGCUGAAAUAGACAUGCCACAGCUGGUGAGAUAUCAGCCCAUUUUGAGGACUGUGGGCCAGAAAUACUGUGUGGAUCCUGCCAUCAUCGCAGCUAUCUUGUCUAGACAGUCUCAGGCAGGCAAUGUUCUGGUCAAUGUCGGAAAUGCAGGCGAUGGAAUCCGGAUUGUGCAGGAUGCUGGCCAGUAUGCUCCUACAUCCUGGAUCAGCGAGUCCCACCUUUCUGAAAUGACUGAGGUUCUGUCAGUUAGAAUCAAAGAAGUCCAGAGGAAGUUUCCAUCCUGGACCCCAGACCAGUAUCUGAGAGGUGGACUCUGUGCCUACAAUGGAGGUAUUGGCUAUAUCAGAAGCAGCCAGGAUCUGAGCUGUGACUUCUGCAAUGAUGUCCUUGCACGAGCCAAAUACUACAAGAGAUACGGCUUCUAA